AGUCAACUGGGUGCUACUCGCUCCUUCUCUCUUUCACCAACGCGGAGCCGCCAGUCCCGGAACUAAUGGGACAAUCCAUCACCGUCGGAGAGUCCGAAUCCGGACACAGGCACACACACACACUAUCAAGCAUCAAAAGGGCAUGCACACUGUCCCGAACCACCCUGCUUGCCUGCACAGCACGGCCAAGAAGGGGCUCUCGUACGCAACACGACUGACGGCCAACCAGUCGACAUGCCCGAAGCCGUGCCAGUCCAGAGUGGGCAGAAAAGAAAUCGUAUUUUAUGGUUUAGUUUGAUAGAAAUCGUAAAGAAAUAAACAUCAAUUAGAAAGGCAUAAACACGCACAAAUAGAAGAAUAUCGGACAGCGCUUGCAACCAACUUCUUGGUUCCUGGCUGUUGUACAAUUAGCACCGUCCCUAGUGCAGUGCAUGUGGUAGCUCUACAUUUUCAGAUGCAUCCCCAAUUUAUUCGAGGUUCGUGCCCAAUGCCUGCCGAGACAACGUAAUAUGGCAUGGUGUUACACCGAUAAGCACACCCAAUAUACCAGAAUACUUCAGUGACAAUUGCCGUGUCGUAGUGUAACGUCAACUACAGUGCGAAGAAAGUGCGCCUGCCGAAGUCGGCUCAAACAGUCACAACAAAUCGUAAAAUUUUAUUGCACUCCUCCUCUGCGCCAAGGUCGUUAAACCGUCGCCCGACUGUGUCUCGCUCGGUGCCCAUUCGCAAAGGUUCCCACUCGGAAAGGAUGUAGCGAUCAGUGUGGCUGUGUACUUUUGAAACUGAGCCGAAUAAAGAAAAAUAUUGAUCACAGUUUAGACGGUUGACAGAGUGCGAUUUGCAGUUCCGAGAGGAGUACGCGGCCAAGCAGCAUGACGAAUGAUGAGUUCGAGUUUAUGCUUCGUUUGUGCAGUUUUGUGAAGAGUGACUAGUUGUCUCUAAACCGCUUCCACACGUCCGACAGAUUGUGCAAUCGUGUAGUUUUAUCCAGAUCGUUCCACAUAAGAUGUAAUACACGGAACGACACUGCUGUUCAACUCACUAAACGUUUGGUGGAUAAAUAAACAAACAACGCUAAAGAAAGGUGUCAAAGCAGUUGACAGUUGGUGACAGAAACAGCGCUUCCUAUUUGCAGUGAUAAAGAAUUGAAACACGAAUAUUGAAUCUGUUCUACAUUAAGAACCGAAUAGAACCACACAGUAUAGGUGUAAACCGCUUACUUACCUACUACUAGUGCAUGGUGGUACUUGGUAGAUUUACCAAGAAAACGUUUAUAAAUCUUCGCGUGCUCACCAUACGAUGUUCCUGAUCAACCAUCUAGGCUAUUUAACGUCGCUCCAUUGUUGUAUAUAGACUGCUUUACUACCCGUACAACAACAAACAAACCAAAGAAAUUAAAUCAUCUAACGUUGAUAUACACAGAACUCAACAGCCCGUGAAACAGCUUUUACAUAGUAGUAUGCAAUUUAUGUGUUUUGAUGAGCUGACUUGAAUUUGAGUGCUUGGAAGCUUGAGUUUCGAUUUUCGUCAACUGUACAUUUUGUUUCGCCGCUCGCCUACUACCCUUUAGCUAUAGAGCCAGAAUAGCUUCGUCAUUUUGGCAGACUCAUAGGAAAAUAGCAGGAAACCAAAGCUAAAGCAUUAUCCGCCAAAACCGACCGCGUUUGCAUCAGUUUACCAUCGCAGGUCUAGCGAACCGAUACAUGCUCCGAUAAUUUCGUACUUGAAUUGCAUUUCGGUAGCUCUUGGGAAGAGUCUUUGUAUACUUAUUUCGAAGCAAGACACAGAAGCGCACCUCACACAUCGCUGGACGUGCAUAAACAUUAACGAUACCUUUAACCGGUCGCGAUUCGUAAUCAACUCUAAGUGCUCUUGGCGAUCGCGUAUUGAUACUUCAGUCUUAUGGUCGAAACAUCGCUAACACCAUUCAAUAACACAACGUUGGUGAUACAAUCCACAAUCCAUCAGUAGUCGCAUCCGUUCUUUCUUAGAUCGCAGCCGCCGCACGUCCGUCGAUCGCUGCGCGGAUAGGAGUUCGCGUGGUGCCGAAGCCAAAUCGACGACUUAGCUGCGCUCUUUUAUGUGAUAUAUUCUCGUGUAUUUACGCUACUAACCGAGAGCGACGGAAGCAAAACGUUCUACUCCACCCAACAUUAUUGCAUGAAGGAUAAUCAUUUCUCGGCGGUAGAGCAUACUGCAUACUACUACUGACGCAGCCAAGGAAACGACCCCGGUUUGGCCAACUCAUUUCUAUUGUCAUAUUCGCUUGCAAGCUUCUAGAUCAGUUAGAUCAAUCCAAAGACAACAGCUAACCAUUCACCAUGACGAUGAGUACAAAUAACUGUGAAAGCAUGACAUCAUACUUCACCAAUUCCUACAUGAACUCGGACAUGCACGGCCACUACCCGGGGACGGGAGUGGACGGGCUGGACACGAGUCAACAGAUGUACAACCAUCAUAACCAAACCCACGCAAACCAGGCAAAUAUGCCUCCAUAUCCGCGGUUUCCUCCGUACGAUCGGAUGGGCUACUAUCAGCAGACGAUGGACCCGGCAGGGUACGCGCGAGCGGACAGUCCAUCGAGCCAGGCUGCCGUGGGCAAUGGCCCGCCAGGGCUUGGUACGUACGGGACGGAAAAUGGAUCCCCGCCGCUGGAGCAGAUGGGGCAUCACAUGGGCACCGCACAAAUGACAAUACCUCAACAUCAUAUGGGACAUUCGCAAGGACAGGAUUGUUAUCCCGAACAAGUACAUCAAAACCCACAGCAUAUGGGAAUGUAUACGAACGCUGGGGGAGGUCCGCCGGGUGUUCCACAGCAACCGCCAAAUAUGAUGCAUCAGCAACCUCCUCAGCUACACCAAGGACAACAAGCUCCGCCAAACAGUCAAAACGCUAGCUCGGGUCUUCAGUCACCGCUGUACCCUUGGAUGAGGAGUCAAUUCGAACGGAAGCGAGGUCGACAGACAUACACACGUUAUCAAACGCUGGAACUGGAGAAAGAGUUUCACUUCAACCGCUACCUAACACGACGACGAAGGAUUGAGAUCGCUCACGCACUGUGCUUGACCGAGCGUCAAAUCAAGAUCUGGUUUCAGAACCGACGGAUGAAAUGGAAAAAAGAGAACAAAACCAAAGGUGAACCUGGUUCGGGCGAUGAGAAUGAUAUGACACCACCGCAGUCUCCGGCAUAAAAUCGACACAGCCUCAUCUAGAAUCCUUCAAUGACGUCGUAAUUGCAAAGGGGGAGCUGUUCGCCCUGUGUCCACGUGCGAGCAGAUUCUAGAGCUCGAGUUCCUGCAUUAUUGAAUUAACGAUCAAGGAUCAAAACAUUUAAGUCUUCGCGGUGGCAUGGACUUUGAAUGGUGUGUGUUUUAGGUGUGCAUUACUUUCCUUUCGUUUUGCUAUUGCGUUAGUUGAACUUCAUUACAAACACUUGAUUGAAGCAAUGGUUUGCAUUAAUAUUGGCUAUGGUUUCCGUAGAACCUGUCUGGAACAUUUACAAUUUUGUUGUACUAGCAAAUGUAAGCAUCACAUUAAGUAAUCCUAAAGCGGAGCGAUGCGGCGAUCAAUCAAUUGUAUUUGAAGAAGACAAACAAUUAGAAAUGUCGGGCAGCGAUGUAACAAAAACAACUUAUGUGACCUCAAACUUAAUUUUAAAGACAAAACUACUGAACGAUAAGGAUUGAUUCCCAAAAGUAUGAAUGAUGUAAAAUGGUCUGUGCGGGCCGUUAUAAUGCUAUUUAGAAGUAAAACUAAACCUGUUACAAGUAGGGUGUACACAACUCCACACAGCUGUGUGCGUAUGGCAAAUGUAGAUGCCACCCAGGACUCCAGAUUGAUCCGUAGCGGUCUGUUUGCUCUGAGGGUGAGGUUGAAGUUGAAAACUUUGCACAGAAAAGCGAGUUGCAAAUUGGAAUCGGAUUAGUGAAAAUAGAGAGCAAAAAUAAUAAACACUGAUUGGGUCAAAAAUCACAUAUGAAUGUACAAAAUUGCGCUAAGGAGAGCAACGAUUUCUCUCAGAGAGAUACACACUUUUUAUGUUAUUGGUCCAAACGUUGCAAUUCAAACAAAUGUAAUCUACAAACAAACAGACCAGCGACAAAUGUAUACAACUAUCUGAUAAAUGUUGAGCAUAACGCUUGUAAAGUAAGUAAGAUGUAUAUCCGGCAGCAAAAACCCAUACCGAACGAAAACUCUGAUUUGACCGAAACAAACAACGUUAGGCUGAAUGCGCAAGCGAUGAUACACUAUGUCUGCUAUGUGUAUUAUGUGUGUGUGUGUGUGUGUGUGUGUGUGUGUGUGUGUGUGUGUGUGUGUGUGUGUGUGUGUGUGUGAUCGUGAUGUGUGCUGAUCAGUCGAAUCCAAAAUUAUUUGAGCCUAAUCGUUCAGGUGCAAAUUCUUUUCAAACAAACCGCCGAGAAUGAACAUUUAGCUUCGAAACGUUAACUGCUGUCCGGUCAAGUUUCACGAUUUUCCACAAACUGAAGUACAGAAAAUGUAAACUACAUAACGCACCCGCACACACACAAACACACAUACACACACACACACAUACACUUCAAAGCAAGAAGCCCCAAACCGAACUUAUGCCAAAGCCAAUAGAAUAAUUUUGUUUUGUAAGCUCAUUUUAUUCACAUCCUAGUUUCCAUAAAGUAGUGAUCAGCCAUUGCAGCGCCACCAUAGCCUGUGCUGUUCAGUAAUUAUUUGCAAUAGCGCCCAUUUCAUUGUUUAUUUCAUUGAUUGUGUUAUUGUUAUUGUGUGUCAGCUAGGAAGAGUCGUCCGUUAUGUGGAUUAUAAUUUAUUAUUCGAACUGCGCAGCUCCUUUUCCGAACCGCAACAAUAAAAGCUAAGGCCCCAUGCAGUAGCGUGACGAGUAGAACCUCACAUGCAUUAUUUUCCAAUAAGACGUCAGAUUUAAUCGUCCCAAGUGACAUAAUAACGAGCUCCCAGUGAAUAAAACAAACUAGAGUAAAGAAAUAGCCGAACCUGGUCAAUACUGUUCACGAGGUGUAGGUGCAUCGUUGACGAAUGCACAACUAAACUAAAGUAUUGCUAACUAAACGUGUCCUGGUGAACACACACUCACACACACACACACUCACACACACACACACAAACACACAACAAAUCAAACACUAGAGACAGAUACAUGUGAACGUUGUAUACGAUUUUUUAUAAACAUUAAUCGGCCGCUGUUUAAAAAUAAGUGAAACCAGUUCACUUGUACGUAUUCGAUGACUGUCUCGGACACUUAAUUCAGAUAUACAUUAGGCCAGAUCGAUGUGUGAUGCGGUUCAGUUAGCGGUUGACACCGCAGGUACUAGCGUUAUUCCGCAUGAGGCAAAAUUAGGUGGUUUUUCUUUUGUUGUGAUAAUGUGGAUUGUAACAGCACUGUUGGAGCAAUCUGGGCAAGCAGCAGAAUUACUAAUGAGCAGCAGCAGCCAUGGUUGAGAUACUGUUGACGCGAAGGUACAACACUCUUUGUAGUCAAUAGAUAAUCGAACGAUUCAAAUCAUCCAGGAAACUAUUUCCGCCGAACCGAACAUACGUAAACACGAUAAUACCAAGGUACAGUAGCAAUGCAGCAAUGCACGCAGAAUGAACGCAGCAGUAACUUAUAAAUACAUUUGUCUAAGCUACGUAAGAUUUGAUGGGAUAUAAUUUGCGGUAGAUGAAAUGUGUCGAUGCGAGAACACACAAAAUGCUCUAUACACCUACGAAACCGUUAGCCUUUAAGGGACAGUGUAAUUAUAAAAUUUAAACAAAAUGGCACAAAGCACUGCUGAUUGGCCGGGACAAAAUUUAGUGAAUGGCAAGUGUUUUUGGCGAAUGGUUCAUUUUAUUGUUUGUCAGAUCGAUUAUCACUCCAACCGCUGCAGGUGUCGGGAUAGCUGUGGCAGCCACCUCUCAUAGUACUAUUUAACAUGGCAAAAGGACGUGCGGAAUCUUGGCGGAACGAACUUUUGAAUAUAUCUGUAAAAAGGAGCAGGAAGAGAAGAAGGAAGGAGCAUAGAGGUGUUCCAGAAAAAUCUAUAAAACUAUUUUUCCCUGGUGGUACUGGAGAAUCAUUAGCAUCUGCUGCGUUUAUCUGAAACAAGCCGAAAGAAACACGGAUGGUAUGAUGGUCGUACGCAACGAACUGCGUGCGUAAUAUUGUAUGUUAGCAUAAGAGCAAAGACAGCAAUCUUGGGAAGCGGAAAUUUUAGUAAUUCAGUAAUAUGGCGGACACAAAUAGAAAUUCGCGCAAAACUUCGCAGUGACAAACAUGACAAACGAACACAAACAACAAUACAAACGAAAGUGCAGAUGCAAGUCCCAAAGCGUGAUUCUGCAAAACCCCUUAUCACGUGAAACAAGUGAAACAAAGAACAAACCAACAAAUAUGUAACUAAAUUUGUACAUACAGCUAAGACAAGAAGACAGAAAGUAAUAAAUGAGAAAAACAAAACCCCAA